AUGGGAGAAACCUCAGGAGGAGCGAGGGAGGAGGGACCCCCGAUAUGGGAGAAACCUCAGGAGGAGCGAGGGAGGAGGGACCCCCGAUAUGGGAGAAACCUCAGGAGGAGCGAGGGAGGAGGGACCCCCGAUAUGGGAGAAACCUCAGGAGGAGCGAGGGAAGAGGGACCCCCGAUAUGGGAGAAACCUCAGGAGGAGCGAGGGAGGAGGGACCCCCGAUAUGGGAGAAACCUCAGGAGGAGCGAGGGAGGAGGGAUCCCCGAUAUGGGAGAAACCUCAGGAGGAGCGAGGGAGGAGGGACCCCCGAUAUGGGAGAAACCUCAGGAGGAGCGAGGGAGGAGGGACCCCCGAUAUGGGAGAAACCUCAGGAGGAGCGAGGGAGGAGGGACCCCCGAUAUGGGAGAAACCUCAGGAGGAGCGAGGGAGGAGGGACCCCCGAUAUGGGAGAAACCUCAGGAGGAGCGAGGGAGGAGGGACCCCCGUUCCAGCACAGGUUAUCCUUUCCCCACUGCCCCGCCGGUGGAUCCCUUUGCCAAGAUCAAAGUCAGUGACUGUGGAAUAACCAAGGGCUGCAUCAGAUAUGGGAAGCCCGGGUGCGACGCGGAGACCUGCGACUACUUCCUGAGUUAUCGUCGCAUCGGGACGGAUGUGGAGUAUGAGAUGAGCGCCGACACGGACGGUUGGCUGGCCGUGGGCUUUUCCUCGGACAAGAAGAUGGGGGGCGAUGACGUCAUGGGCUGCGUCCAUGACGACAACGGGCGCGUGCGCAUCCACCACUUCUACAACGUGGGCCAGUGGGCCAAGGAGAUCAAGAGGAACCCGGCCAGGGACGAGGAGGGCAUCUUCGAGAACAACCGGGUGACCUGCCGGUUCAAGCGCCCGCUCUACGUCCCCAGGGAGGAAACGCUGGUGGACUUGCACCUGUCGUGGUACUACCUGUUCGCCUGGGGGCCCGCUAUACAAGGUUCCAUCACAAGGCACGACAUCGACUCCCCGCCGGUCAGUGACCACAUGAUCAGUAUUUACAAGUAUGAGGACAUCUUCAUGCCAUCCACCGCCUACCAGACCUUCAACUCUCCCUUCUGCCUGCUGCUCAUUGUAGCCCUCACCUUCUACCUGCUGAUGGGAACGCCCUAA